CGUCGUGAAUUCGACAGGUUAUAUUACGAAUGAAGCUGUUACCUCUGUACUUACGAGUGAGACAGUCUCUACUACUGCUUUCAUUUGGUUUGCACCUCUGUUCUUCAUCUCCCUAUUCCUUCAAUUUCUGCGGCUUUUGUAGGACUAGAUACUAUGCUGGCGAGCGCGAGCAUGCACCCAUAGGCAUAACAUCUUACGCCUGUCCUACUUAGGCGAGAACACUCUUACUAUUGGGCAUUUCUCCCCAGAAGCAUUGCGUAGCUAAGAACGUGACAGACUUUAAAACUAAGAGAGAACUCAUCCCUAGGCGAAGUCUUUUCCCAAAAUGAUCUUAGGAUGGCGAUCAUCUCAACGCUGAUAAUAUUUAGGUUAAGGCGUCUGUAGAGACGUUUUAUCGUUACCUCAAGUAGAGCAUGCUGAUAGUACGAAUAAAAGAGGGUCGAAGAAGAAGCAUUUCUUUAGUCUAAGAACUAGAACCCACAGGGUUAGCACAAGAGAAGUUGAUUUCAUCAUAGUCUAUUAGAUUCACUUUUCCAUAUCACUUAGUAGAGUCAGUUUUUUAUACUCGUUAUCGAACCCAGUUAGUAACCAGUUGUGUUUCUCUUUUUAGAAUUUGUUAGAAGUUUUCAACCACCUGCGUCUAUAGCAAGUGUGUGCGUGCCUCUUGAGUGAAGGUCUACGCUUUCAUACACUGAAUGGAGCGGAACAAUGAUGCGUGGCCUUCAAGCACUGAAGAAGUUGAUGCGCCUUGCCCUCGAACAAGGAGAAGCGAUGAUGCGUCUUCUGCAGAUACAUCAAUCGGCGAAGAGGUGGAUGUCGAACAGGAUGGAGACUCCUCGUGUGGUGGGGAUCGUCGUCUGAGUACCUCCAAUGAAACGUCCUCGGCAAAUCGAAAUGAUACGAGGAAUCUAAGAAGUUCUCACUCGAGCACGACUCGUAUUUACCCACCUAACGUCACAUCAGCUUCUAUUGCGCGGCGUCCGUUGAACACUAGUAGUACAGCGAGCAACUUUGCCAGUACUUCUGCGACGAUGGCGAACACUCGAAGUAAUACAAGUUCUAGUAACUUCACAACGGCCUCUACUUGUGAAAAUUCUACCUCGUCUAGUACGAAGGCCACUUUUUUGGAGAGGGAGGAGGAGGAGGAUGAAGACCACGCGGACCUUCACAGGAGUAGGAGUUCUUUCGCGAGUGUGAACAAUUCAGACUUCUAUGGCCACCAAAUCGAGAAGAAUUCCGCGGCAACCAGCUUCGUCCAGCAGAAAGCGGUUGCCGCUGGCGUCCGUGCCUUUGCCGCUGGCUUCAGUGGCGUCAAGAAGUUGGGGUGGGGCAAGCAGAAUCUCUCAGCUGAAAAGGAAACCCCGGAAGAGCAGCGAGCGAAAGAGACGAUGAGGAGACCGAGCGAAAGCUCCUCUUCCCCCGCGGCAAGGCGACAGCCCGAUGAGGAAAGUUUGGAUUAUGGCCCUUAUUUCAAGUGUCGUCACCUAUCGCUUUCGAGAGAAGUCUGCUCUCUUUUGUCUAUAAGUAAGUCUGCCUGCUUGCUAGGUCUCUUAUCGCUUGAGAAGUGUUCUACUUAUUUUCUUGUGCAAUAGAUACUCUUCAAGGAGGUAGCAACUGAGAGACAAAAUCCGCAGCGGUCUAAUGCUAGGCAAACGCUGUGGCUGUGGAAAAGCGAAUUCUUGAGGCUGAUGGUGCACGCCAACAGGCUGAGUUAGCCAGAAAAGCUGAGGAAAAAAAGCGCACAGCAGAAAGGCUUGAGCAAAUAACUUCAGCGAACGCGGGGGCUGCAGCAGAUGAUAUCAGGGAGGAGUCUGCUGCUAGACGUAGUCAAAGAAUAGCUGAGACGGCUAGAAGCGGUAAGGAGGAAGAAAGGCUUGCUGCAGCAAGAGAGCAACCUAUCGAGGCGGCGGCGUUGGCCAGAAAAGCGGAGGAAAAUAGGCCUGCUGCAGAACUACAGAAACCUAACGAGGAAAGGCUUGGAGAGAAAAUAUUAGAAUCAGGGAGCGCAAUGGCAAAUAAACUCCGUGAGGAGACUGCUGCUGGAGGUAAGCGGAGAGAACUCCGUGCCCAAGCUGAGACGGCUAGAAGCGCUAGAAAGGAAGAACAAGAAAGGCAGGACGCUGACUCUGAAAAAAUAGCGGCUCUUGCUGCUGCUAGGCGUCGCCGUAGAAGAGAAGCUGAGGAAGAAGGGCUGGCACCUGCAGCACAACCAGCAGAAACGAAACCGAACGAAGAUAAGAAGCUGGAACAAGAACACAACGACGCUCAAAAAAGAGCGUCUGAGGAUGGUAGAGAAGCUGGCGCGGAAGAUAGAGAGGCAAAGGAAGAGCAAGAAGAGCUUGCCGGAGCAGGAGAGCAGCCUGACGAAGAUGCGAUGAAGCUGACCCAAGAACACAGCGACAACAUGAGCAAAGUGGCUGAGGAUCAUGAAAAAGCGGAGUCUGCUGCUAGACGUGGUCAAAGAGAAGCUGAGACGGCUAGAAGCGGUAAGGAGGAAGGAAGGCUUGCUGCAGCAGGAGAGCAACCUAUCGAGGCGGCCGCGUUAGCCAGAAAAGCGGAGGAAAAUAGGCCUGCUGCAGAACUACAGAAACCUAACGAGGAAGGGCUUGGAGAGAAAAUGGAAUCAGGGAGCGCAGUGGCAAAUAAACUCCGUGAGGAGAUUGCUGCUGGAGGUAAGCGGAGAGAACUCCGUGCCCAAGCUGAGACGGCUAGAAGCGCUAGAAAGGAAGAACAAGAAAGGCAGGACGCUGACUAUGAAAAAAUAGCGGCUCUUGCUGCUGCUAGGCGUCGCCGUAGAAGAGAAGCUGAGGAAGAAGGGCUGGCACCUGCAGCACGACCAGCAGAAACGAAACCGAACGAAGAUAAGGAGCUGGAACAAGAACACAACGACGCUCAAAAAAGAGCGUCUGAGGAUGGUAGAGAAGCUGGCGCGGAAGAUAGAGAGGCAAAGGAAGAGCAAAAAAAGCUUGCUGGAGCAGGAGAGCAGCCUGACGAAGAUGCGAUGAAGCUGACCCAAGAACACCGCGACAACAUGAGCAAAGUGGCUGAGGAUCAUGAAAAAGCCAAUGCGGAGAACAAAGAGCAAGAAAGGCUCGCAGCAGAAAGAGCAGCAGAGGAAAAGUCUUCUAGUAGCCCUAGCUUCCAUAGAAGAGCAAAAUCUGAGAAUGAGGAAGCAAGGCUCGUAGCAGCAAGAGCAGAAGCAGCAAGGGUGAUGGAUGGAGAAACCUCGAAGGGCGCUACAGCUGAGGUGGAAGAUAAAGCUAGAAAGGCUGAGGAAGCAACCUCUGCAGACGCAAAAGAGGCUGAGGAAGGUCGAGAAGCUCAGCAGGAAGCUAGCAAGCGUGCAGAAGCUGAGAGAGACCGGGGAAACAGGCUUAAAGUUGCUGGGGCCAAGCCUGCAGAGCGCGAAGCAGCAGCAGAAGAGGCGGACAAGAGUGCAGCAGCAAAAGAGGCCGACAAGAGAGCACAGGCUGAGCGAGUAGGAACCAUGCUGAAACAACAAGCCGAGGGCGCCAAGCGUGACGAGAAGGCAGCAGAAGCUGAGCGGGCAAGACUGAAAGCAGCAGAAGCUGAAAAGGAAAGAGAAGCUGGGCGAGAUGAUGAAAGAGCAGCAGCGGGCAGGGGGGAUGGAAAAGGGCAAGCGGAUGCUGCUGCUCAAGCGGAACAACCGCGCGGGGGGCAUGUUGUCGAUGAAACACAGAAGAAAAGUAGCACGGUGCUUUUGAGUCUUACGGCUUCUUCCCCAUCAAUUCAACAUCCCUGAAGAGGUAUAAGUAUCUUUGACGCACUUCUCCCAAAUUUGACCAAGGGUGAUGGAAUGAAAAACACGUGGUCAAGGAUGCUGCCAACCCUCUAGAAGAUGUGAGUAUGGGAAUGCUCGAAUAAUCCACCUGACCACCUCGCGAAUCUUGAUUCCCAUGCCAACACCGAAGACGUGGAAGACCCUUUAUCGCCUAGAAGUAGCAGUGAUGCUGCGUCUUCGCGACCUAGUGGCUCAUCAACGGCGC